AUCCAUUGAUCAGUUCACCAUUUCUUCCUUUGAUCCACUUCUUUCCUCUUUCUUUCUCUCAUAUCUUUCACGUUUUUAUCCCAUUUUCACAUUUACUAAUUUCUUUCCCAUUCCAUCAAUCUUCAUUUAUUUUAUAUCUUUGUAAUUUCUAUUCUCUCCGAUUCCAACCGAUUCUUUUUACUCUUCUCUUUCUCCAUCUGCUCUAAGCAUUCUCCCCAGCUCUUCUUUUACCCGCUUUCUUUCCUCUCAGUCUCUCUUCCUUACUCCUCCUCAGUCAUUAACCCUCCUCACUUUCACACUCACUAUUUUUUUACAAUUUCGAUGUAAUCCCUCCCUUUAUAUCUCUCUGCAACACUCCCUCUUAUCUUUCUGCCUUUUCCUCCUCUUCCUCCCUCCCCCACUCUCGAUCACUUUCUUUCCUCCCUCCUUUCACUUUCCUUUUCUCUCACUUUCACUCCCUCUCCAUCUCACUGGAUCUUUUGCCUCUCUUGUCAGUCAUACACCGUUCUGUUCAGUUCUGUUCUUGUGUGUUCAGCUCCACCCUUCACCGUACUGUUGCAGACGACAGUUGCUACAGUAGAGGAAUGAUGCUUAUCGUUGCCAAUUUCCACUGGCCCUUCAGUAUUGAUUUGAGAAAUCAGGCAAAAGAUUUCAGAUUCAUAACUCUAACUCAAUGGAAAACAAAGCUAAGGUGGUCAUAAAUUUAAGGGAAGAACAAGAAAAGAGGUGAAACAAAAGUUGACAAUAAAUUUCCGUGAAGAAAUGAAACACGAAAAAUAUUCCUAAUACUUAAAAAAAAAAAAACAGAAAAAACAUAUACUGUGUAUUCGGUGAGUGAAAUGUUUACUUAACAAACUUAAUGUUUUAGGAAAAUAUUCAUAUCAUUGAGGAAUGUUUGUUUAUUGUAUGUUUUCUCAAGCAAUAACUAUAAGAGAGAUAAAAUUUGAGAACAAAAGAAAACAAUGAACAAACUUAAAGGAUCAACUUCGUAACUACAUAUUCUAACAAAGCGGACAUAUAUAUAUAUAUAUAUAUAUAUAUAUAUAUAAUAUAUAUAUAUAUAUAUAUAUAUAUAUUUCAUUGAAUUUCGAAAGUAGUCACCUAAAAGUAUAAAAGGUACGCUAAAAGUACACAAAAUAAUAUACUCACUCCGAGAAACAAUAAAGAGAAGGAAAUAAAACUAACGAAAAAUGUCAACUUGAAUAACACAGGGAAAUGUUAUUUUACUGAAUUUACUACACAUAUACGCAUACAUAUAUUUUGCAUUAUUAUAUAUGUAUACAUUACUCGUAUAGGAUCAUAAGUUAAGUUCACGAGUUCACAUUUCGUUCAGACUUAGUUAAACGGAAAACAGUAAUAAAGAGAAAAUUUUAAAAUUCUUGAAGAACCUGUGGAAGUAAAAGGGAGAAAAAAGGCCGAAUUCCUCCUGGAAUAGCAUGGCCACAGUUGGAGAUGUACACUGAUUUGGGUCCUUGUGAUCAAGAUUCCGACGAAUGUAUUUCUCUGAAUGAGUUUCACGUUUGUAACCAGGAAUGCCCACUUCUUUCCAAAGGACGUCGGGCAAGCUUGGAGUCGUCGAGUAGCAAAGACACUUCCAUAUCAGCACACCAACUUUCUCCAUUCAAAUUUUCUAAGUUUAGCCGGGAUUCUAGCAGGUUAAAAAAAAUGGGGUACGGAAGAUCUCCAUUGCUGAGUUCUCAAUCUGCCUGGGGUGAUCAGGUCAGUUUACCUCGACAAGACUCCACCGACCAAACAUUUGAGAAUGUGUCUGCGGAUGAAUCUUUCAAUUUGUCAAAUGUUAGUCGGACCUUGAGUGAACAGAUGCAUGAAUUGGUGCGUGCCUUUUCAAGUCGCACGCAAAGAGUGAAAGAAAAGACAACUCAGCCUCCCACACCAACAUCAUCAUCACUCUCCAGUCUUGAGGUCCAGUCAGUAGCAUCGCAUGAUGAUAAUGACGAUGAAAAAUCUUCCCGACAACAAAUUUUGGGAUCAUUUUUACCUAUCAGCUCCCAGGGCAGUGGAUCUGUAUCAAAUGCAGAUAGUGACCUGCUCAUAAAACUUUGUUGUUGUCAAUUAAAACUACCAAAAUGCCUGAAGUGCCUGAGAUUUCCAGAGAUCCUUGAUCCUCAAAGUAAAUUAUAUAUGUCCUGGCUUGCAUUAGUUACCCUGGCUUUUUUAUACAACUGCACCGUGAUACCUCUGCGGGGUGUCUUCCCUUACCAAACAGAGGACAACUUCUACUAUUGGAUGGCAAUGGAUUACCUGUGUGACUUUGUUUAUUUAAUUGACAUCAUUAUUUUCAAGUCAAGAGUGCAAUUUGUAAAUGAAGGAUUAUUAGAGACAAAUAAAAAAAUAAUCCGCAAAAAAUAUUACAUGGGACCUAUGUUUAAGUCUGAUUUGGCCUCUUUGAUACCACUUGACUUAUUUUAUUUGCUGCCCCAUGUCAACUUUAACAGCUGGCUACGCCUGCCAAGAAUGAUGAAGAUUCUAACAUUUUGGGAAUUCUACGAGCGUUGUGAUCAAGCAGCUCGGUCAGCUCAUGCUGUGAGAAUUAUCAAAACGAUGACUUACAUGUUAUUCCUUAUUCACAUUGAAACAUGUGGUUACUAUGCAGUGUCUGAUUAUGAAGGAAUUGGUAGCAACCGAUGGGUUUACAAUGGCACUGGAAAUGCCUACAUUAGGUGUUUCUAUUUGGCUACCAAAACAGCAACUUCUAUUGGUAAUAACCCCAAACCCACCAAUGAGCUAGAAUUUGUAUUUAUGACAUUCUAUUGGCUAUCAGGGGUUUUUGUUUUUGCUCUUCUUGUUGGUCAGAUCCGUGAUAUUGUACAUGCUGCAGGACAAGUAGAGGCAAGUUACAGAAAACAGAUGGACAUUACAUCGUGGUACAUGCAGUCUAUAAAUUUACCAAAAGAAGUGCAGGGAAGAGUCCGGCAUUGGUUUAACUACAAUUGGGAACAACAAAAAACUUUAGAUGAAAAUUCUCUGAUUGAGACUUUACCCCGGAAGAUGAGAAUAGACUUAGCAAUUCAUGUACAUUAUAGCACAUUAAGCAAGUUAAAAAUAUUUCAGGACUGCGAUCAGAACUUAUUAUUUGAUUUAGUUGCCAAGUUACGACCCGUACUUUGUCUCCCAGGAGAUUUUAUUUGUCACAAGGGAGAAGUCGGUAAAGAGAUGUACAUAGUAAACAAUGGGCAGGUGGAAGUAGUUGGAGGUUCAGAUAACAACACAGUUUUGGCAACACUUCAUGAAGGCAGUGUUUUUGGAGAAAUAAGCUUGUUGGCGAUAUCAGGCAGUCGCAGAACAGCUGAUGUCCGGUGCAAAGGCUAUGUUAAUCUGUUCAUUCUAUCAAAAGCUGAUUUCAAUGAAACAAUGAAUGAUUACCCAGAAGCACAGAAGCUGUUGAAGAAACGGGCCAAGAAGCUUCUUAAAGAAAAUGCCCGUUUAGCCAGACAAGAGGCUAAACAGGAAUGUGAAGCUAUCAUCAAAAGUCCGAAAGAAACACCAAAAUUUUUAAAAACUGUAAUGAAGGUUAUGAAUCCUGAAUCUGAACUGAUGCAAAAAAUUGAGUCUAACCAGGUUAAUCUUCCAAGAUUAUCCAAUAGCAACAACAGUUUACAACGAGACCCUCAUAUUGAUCUCUCUUCAUCAACAGACCGGACAUUAAGUGAUAAUCAAGUCAACUCUUUGUCAUCAGGAAGUCUGUCUCUUUCAGAUAUUGCUAAUGAUUAUUGUGUUGAAGACAGUUUGUUUGGUGAUGAUGAUGUUUUUGAAGAAGAUCUUCUAGAUUUGGCAGAUGAUGUUUCCAGUCCCUCGUCUGACAACAACUCUAAUGUAUUUCUGGUUAAUGUUGAAACCAGCCAAAGUACUAACCAGUCAACAAGCAAUCUGUGUUCUCAUGUGAGUUCCCAGGGACUUGGUUCUACAUCUAACAACAACAACUUGCCUGAAGUUGAAAUUCAAGCUGUUCCAGAUAAUCUGCACGAUUUCUGGCCUGCACCGAACUUAGUAAAAUCUUGGUCACACAAUUCCAUCAAUGUAAUGAGUCAUUUAUUGAAUACAGAACCAAGGAAACGGAAAAUUUCUAUACAUUCAAUGAGUAAUGAUAGUAUCCCUAAUGCUUUGAAAACAUGUUCAAAAAUAUCUAAUAUUGUCCCAGUGAAAGACAUAAGCAUUCCAGUUGAAAACCGAGUAACAUGUGCAGUUGAAGUUCACCAGCAGGAAUGUAUAAGUAGCCCUGUACAAAAAAGCAUCAGCUGUAACCAGCUUUACAAAGAUGAAGAAUUGUCCACAAAACUACAUUUAGUUAAUCCAUCUAGUCAGGAGACGUUGAUUUAUGAGAAUAACAAUCAAACACCAGAUCUCCUUACACAAAUUUAUCGCAACAAAGACUCAACGCCUUCACCGAAACAGUCAGAAAGUAGUCAAGAAACAACUUGUUGAAUUUUUUUUAUUAACUUUUUUGAGGCAAACACUAAAUCGCUUGUAAGAUUCUCAGUCUGCAUUCUGCACUGGUCAUCCCUAGUCACCACAAGGUUUUUUUUUUAAUUCUCAGCCUAAAUCAUUUGGUAAUCUUUAAUAUUCAGUACUUAAUAAUCUUUUUCUUAAUUAUCCCUAAU